AUUCAGAUUUUCAGUUAGGUCAGAAGAAACACCCUGGUAAUGCACCAGUGACCUCCUAGUGAGGAUCCACUCAGUCCAUGACACCCAGGUAGGCCUAGUUCAAAGUAACCCACCCAAAAUGUGUCAAAACUGUAGUAACAUCCUUUCACUAUGUAAUACACUCUUUGUAGGACACAUUGCUGGUUAUAUAGACAUAGCCACUGGUAGCUAAAAACCUGCUGAGACUGCCUUCUCUCUCAUCGCCUUCUGUUGUCCUCUGGCAGUGGUGUUCAGCUGAAAUACAGAGGUACACAUAUUGAGUGCAAGAUGUAGAUAGUGCUCCUUCUCCUCCAGCUUGCUGUAACCUCAUUUAAAAAUGAACCAGUGGUCUUCUGAGCUAGUUACUAACAGAAGCAAUGAUGGAUGUCACCUGAACAGGGAGGUAUGUGUUUUCUAAGUUUCCAGGUAGACAGAUUACACUGUGGUCAUAAUGUUUGCAUUUGCCGAUGUACUCAUUGUCACUCAAUCUGCAAGGAAGUUUUGCCAGAAUAGAAAGAAAAAAUAAAUAAAUAAGUAUUUAAGGAGUGUGUAAUCAUGUUGAAUUUCUCUAGAGAGUUGGCUGCUGCUUUCUCCGUCUGGCCUCCAAAAGUAGGAGGGGUAUAAUGGGGAAAGCAAUUGCAAACUUUAGAGAUCCCUUGCUGCUGUUGGUUUUCUUCAAAGAUGUACACAGGACAUUAGUGUUUGCAGAUGCUUUGUAAAGAUAAAAGACAAAGGCCUAGGUGGGAAUAAAUUAUGAUCUGCAUUAAGUAGAUGGUGAGCCAAUUCUUCCCUCAGUUACACUUUUGCAAAUCCUGUAAAUUUCUUUGUAUUGUUGGAAUGAGAUCAUGAUUAGUCUUAGAGGAAAUUAGGACUAGGGAAAAUAAAGGGAACUUAGAAGGCAUUGGAAAAGUUGCAACAAAUAAGAAAAUGUAAAAUAAAUUAUCUAGUAUAGAAUUAAAAGAAAAAAAGUGUUUUUUCUUAAGACUGAAUUGAAAGGGAGUGGAAAUAGGCUUGAACUUCCUAUUCUGAACUUUGAUCUCUGUGUGCCAACCUUGUGGAAACUUAAUCAAUCAAUUUAAUGAUAACAUAAUCCUUAACAAGAAAGUAAUGGUAUCUGACUUGAAACUGCACUUGCUGCUUAAAAAAAAAAAAAAAAAAAAAAAAUCCUCCACCUUGAAUUAACAUGAGGACAACUUUAUUCUUUAGUAGUCCUUGCCUUCCUACUGUCAAAUGGGAUUAAGUUUUUAGGGUGGGAUCAUCUCACCUCUUCAAAUAUUAGGACAGGCAUCUCAUACAUACUAAAAAGGGAAAGAAAAGUUUCAUCUACCCCUUUAUUCCUUUCUUCCUCUCUCAGGGAAGUCACAGGACACAGUAGUCAAUUAAAAAGGUCAAAAUAAGCAAGGGCAAAUGGCUUCUUUUACUGUGACUAUCCAUCUGAGUCACCUAAUGAAAUUUUUACACAUGGGAUCUUAACUUUAACAGAGAUGUGGAUACCCAGUUCCCCCUUUCUUUUUCUCCUUUCCUCUUUUCCUCCCAGUUUUGUAUUUCUAUCACUUUGUUACUGUAUCGGCAUAAAGUAGUGCAUACAAGGAACUCAGAAUCAGACCCAAUUCUGUGCCACAGAUAGGGUGAUAUGCAGGAAAUAUGGGAAAAAAUAAAAAAUAAAAAAAAAUACUUGAACUACAGAUAUUUAAAAUGACUGUGGCUCUUUUUCUAUUUCUUACCUUUUUCUUGUCAAAACAUGAAAGAUUACCUGAAAUAUCAGUUAAGCAGGGGAAUAUUAUCAUAAUAAAUGAGCAUGCAAGUAUGUGCCCAGUAAGUUAUUUGAUUAAACAGGAAGCUAGAAUCCUAUAGAUAUCCACAAAUAAAGCCUGAAAUCUAAAUGACUGUAUCGUUAGCUCAUUUGUAAACUGUUCCAGAUGUAAGAUUUUGGCAGCUUUCCAGUAGGCUGGCUGCAGUCUGAGCUUUCCUGCAUCCGCAGUGAGAACUGCAAUGCCUGACUCUUCAAGGAAAAGCUCCACGGGGCUGACGACAAAUUAUAUGAAGUAACAACCUGCCUGCCUGGUGGAGAGAUAUUCAGACAGAUCCCCGGGCAAAGGAUGCCCUUUUUCCUGGGGCCAAGCUGCAGCCAUUUGCCUCUGGAUGUGUGAUCGAUCUGCAUUAUGAAUCAGCCAGUGAAAGCCCCUCUGAGAAGAUCAUUCAGUGAUCACAUCAGGGACUCCACUGCCAGAGCCUUGGAUGUUAUCUGGAAAAACACACGAGACAGACGGCUGGCAGAAAUCGAGGCCAAGGAAGCUUGUGACUGGCUGCGGGCUGCCGGCUUCCCCCAGUAUGCACAGCUCUAUGAAGAUCUCCUCUUUCCAAUUGACAUCGCUCUAGUCAAGCGAGAGCAUGACUUCCUGGACAGAGAUGCUAUUGAGGCCCUAUGCAGGCGCUUAAAUACGUUAAACAAAUGUGCAGUGAUGAAGCUAGAAAUCAGUCCCCACAGGAAAAGGAGUGAAGAUUCAGAUGAAGAUGAACCGUGUGCAAUAAGUGGCAAAUGGACUUUUCAAAGGGAUAGCAAGAGGUGGUCGAGGCUUGAGGAGUUCGAUGUGUUCCCUCCAAAGCCAGACUUGAAUACCUCCUCCCCAGAAGCUCCCCACCUUACAAACGCAGCAAGCCGUGAGAGCGUGCUCACAGACCUCAGCGAGCGGCAGGAGGUGGCUUCAAUUCUCAGCAUCAGCAGCACCAGCAGCCACCAACCAACCCUGCAGAGUGAAGCAUCUACCACCAGGACAAAUUCCGUCGUGAGCGUUUGUUCUUCAAGCAAUUUCGUAGCAAAUGAUGACUCAUUCAGCAGCCUGCCCUCACCCAGGGAGCUGAAUAGCUUCAGCUUCAACACAAAAGCAAAUGAGAAGAACACCAAGUCUAAAACCAAGAGCCUGCUCAAGAGAAUGGAGAGUCUGAAAAUCAAGAGCUCUCACCACGGCAAGAACAAAGCUCCUUCAAAGCUUGGCCUUAUUAUUAGUGGGCCCAUCUUGCAGGAGGGCAUGGAUGAAGAUAAGCUGAAACAACUUAACUGUGUGGAGAUUUCAGCCCUCAAUGGCAACCACAUCAGCCUCCCCAUGGUACGAAAAAGGAGUGUCUCCAAUUCCACCCAGACCAGCAGCAGCAGCAGUCAGUCUGAGACAAGCAGUGCCGUCAGCACACCCAGCCCUGUCACGCGAACACGCAGCCUCAGUGCGUACAAUAAAAGGGUGGGCAUGUACCUGGAAGGCUUUGACCCCUUCAACCAGUCGACCUUCAGUGAUGUGAUGGAGCAGAACUUCAAGAACAGGGGAAGCUUUGCAGAAGACACGGUGUUUUUUAUCCCAGAAGAUCAUAAGCCCGGCACUUUUCCCAAAGCACUCUCCAAUGGCAACUUCUCCCCAACAGAAAGCAAUGCUUCUGUGAACUGGAGAACAGGGAGUUUCCAUGGCCAUGGCCAUCUCACCCUCCGGAGGGAAAACAGUGGAGACAGCUCCAAAGAGCUGAGCAUGGGAAAACGGCGCAACUCCGCUAGCUCAGUGAGCAGCCGCCUGAGUAUUUAUGACAAUGUGCCAGGCUCGAUCCUGUAUUCCAGCACAAGCGACUUGGCCGACCUUGAAAAUGAAGACAUAUUCCCAGAACUAGACGACAUCCUGUACCAUGUGAAAGGGAUGCAGAGAAUAGUAAACCAGUGGUCAGAGAAGUUCUCGGAUGAAGGGGACUCUGACUCAGCUCUCGACUCCAUCUCCCCGUGUCCUUCCUCCCCAAAGCAGAUCCACCUUGACGUAGAUAACGAUCGAACGACACCGAGUGACCUUGACAGCACAGGGAAUUCACUUAAUGAAACAGAAGAGCCUUCAGGGAUGCAAGACAGAAGGGACUCUGGGGUGGGCGCAUCUCUGACACGGUCCAGCAGGCACAGGCUGAGGUGGCACAGCUUCCAGAGCUCCCACCGGCCCAGCCUCAGCUCGGCAUCUCUGCAGAUCAACUGCCAGUCUGUGGCACAGAUGAACCUGCUGCAGAAGUACUCGCUCCUCAAGUUAACAGCUCUGCUGGAGAAGUACACACCUUCCAACAAGCAUGGUUUCAGCUGGGCAGUACCAAAAUUUAUGAAAAGGAUAAAGGUGCCAGACUAUAAAGACCGAAACGUAUUUGGAGUACCACUGCAAGUCAAUGUUCAGCGCACCGGGCAGCCUCUUCCACAGAGCAUUCAACAAGCCAUGCGGUACCUUCGCAACCACUGCCUGGAUCAGGUUGGACUAUUUAGGAAAUCUGGAGUCAAAUCAAGAAUUCAGGCUUUACGUCAAAUGAAUGAGAGUUCAGCAGACAGCGUCAACUAUGAAGGCCAGUCUGCUUACGAUGUGGCAGACAUGUUAAAGCAAUUCUUCCGUGACCUACCUGAGCCCCUCAUGACCAACAAACUCUCUGAGACCUUCUUACAGAUAUACCAGUAUGUGCCAAAGGAUCAGCGUCUCCAGGCUAUCAAGGCUGCCAUUAUGCUUUUACCUGAUGAGAACAGGGAGGUCCUCCAGAUUCUUCUCUAUUUCCUGAGUGAUGUCACAGCUGCAGUGAAGGAGAACCAGAUGACACCAACAAACCUGGCGGUGUGCUUAGCACCUUCCCUCUUCCACUUAAACACUCUCAAAAGAGAGAAUUCCUCCCCAAGGGUGAUGCAAAGAAAACCAAGCCUGGGAAAACCUGAUCAGAAAGACCUAAAUGAAAAUUUGGCUGCAACCCAAGGGCUAGCCCAUAUGAUUGCUGAAUGCAAGAAGCUCUUCCAGAUACCUGAAGAAAUGAGCCGGGGCCGGAACUCGUACACAGAGCAGGACCUGCGUCCCCUCAGCCUGGAGGAGCUCAGGGGCAACAGCAGCACCACGGAGCCUUCUGACUACCACUGCUACCUCCAGGACUGUGUGGACGACUUGCUGAAGGAAAUGAAGGAGAAGUUUAAAGGCUGGGUCAGCUGUUCCACCUCAGAGCAAGCAGAACUGGCCUACAAGAAGGCAUGUGAAGGUCCCCCACUCCGGUUAUGGAAAACUACCAUUGAAAUCGCUGCCACACCAGAGGAAGUUUUAAAUCGUUUACUUAAGGAGCAGCAUCUUUGGGAUGAAGAUCUUAUAGAUUCAAAAGUAAUUGAACCUUUGGACAGCCAGACAGAUAUCUACCAGUAUGUCCAGAACAGCAUGGCACCUCAUCCAGCCAGGGACUUCGUAGUCUUAAGAACAUGGAGAACAAACUUCCCCAAAGGAGCCUGUGUGCUUUUAGCGACUUCAGUGGAUCAUGACCGUGCUCCAGUGGCAGGUGUCAGAGUCAAUGUGCUCCUGUCUAGGUAUCUGAUUGAGCCCUGCGGGUCAGGAAAAUCUAAGCUUACCUACAUGUGCAGAAUUGAUUUAAGGGGCCACAUGCCAGACUGGUACACCAAGUCUUUUGGACACUUGUGUGCAUCUGAAGUAGUUAAGAUACGAGACUCUUUCACUCAUCAGAGUCUUGAGAGCAAGGAAGUAAAAUCCAGGUGACUACUGAAGAGGAACAGCCAUGCGCUCCACACCUCAGCAACACAGAUGUUACCCAAAACAGGUCAUCUGCUGCAGACCAUCUGAAAGUCAUGUCAUGAAGGGAUGACAGCAUGAGAACUUGACUGUGAGCAUUACUAUAGGACUGUGGCCAUACCAUACACUUUAAAGCUGCUUCCUGUCUGUGUAAGGCCUAUAGUGUAGGCCUCGACUGGAAUACAUAUGAGGACUGUGCAAAGAAAUAAGUAUUGUACUAUUAGAUGGUUUGAUUUGCUUCUGAGAAGCAAAAUUCUUUAAAUGCAAAAUAUAUUAUGAAAUGUGAUGAAGGCUCAUCAUUCCCAUGUGAAAUACUUAGCUUUAUGUACAUACCCAUGUCAUUUUAUUUGUAGUGCGUUGAGGGACUGGUGUAUCCACUGGAAUAGUUGGUACUCUUCAAUGUGUUCUCACUGAGAUAAGCAGAGAAAGGUUUGCACAGAGAUUAAAGUGUGAAUGAGUGUGUUGAUGGUUGAAAGGAUAGCAGAAGUUGAACUUGAAAUGUGUCUGGUACACUGAUAGGCAGCCAGGAUGGAUUUUAUUAUACUGGAUACAGUUGAACCUAGAAUUUGACUCCUCCGUGGACCACGAGUUGCCAUCCUUCCCAUUUGCCAGUUCUGCAUUUUCCUCAGCUCUAACAUUGUUAAAACCCCUACACAGAUGUUACAAUAGGCUUGCUCUGGUUAGCGUUCACUCCUUAUCCAGAUUAUCUUUUGGGAGUGAUUAGCAAUUCAAUAACAAUUCUAAGUAAAUAUACUUCCAAGCAACACCGCAGCUUAGAACUGAAAUGCUUAUGCAAUGGUCAAGAGAGCCAGUAAUCUCAAUUGUUAUAUUGCAAAAAAAAAUGUUUGUUGCUUUUACUCCUAUCUCUGUUAACUAUGUGUUUUAAUGAGCUUUUAUAUAUUUUACUGUCUUUUAACACUCAAGAAUAAAAAGUAAACACUGGAGUCCUGGUGUUGGGAUGUUACAGGACUCCUGCAGCAGCAGGCAAAGUGUGGUGUGUGGGAAGGGAAGAUUUGUAAGAGUUUGUUCCCUUUCUCUCUCUCCUUUGCUUGUUUUCCUAUAAGCUGCAUGUUAAUGUGAACAGAACCUGAACACAAUUUGGAGGGUUGCAUUUGGGGCAGAGAGGAAGGUGGGACUUUUUUUUCUUCUGUUUUUUUUUGUUUGUUUUUAAACCCUUUGGGAUGUUCUCCCCUCUGCAACAAUCAAACUACAUGAACUGUAGGAAGUCUUGAGGUCCUCUGGAAAGGUGUCUUUCUGUAGGUUUUACUGUAAAGGUAAGGAUUUGCUUACGAGGUGCAGUAUUAAGUGAUAAAUGUAUUUUGUGGCUAGGGUAUGAAUGAGUUGCAAGAUGGAAUUUUGACUGAGACUUUGUUACCAUUGUCAGUAUUAUUUUAAGCUUUUUGAAGAAGAUUUUUUUUAUUAUGGCAAAUAAUGUAGUACUUCCAGUAACAAUGUUCCUCAUGAGUAGGAAAGCCUUGUAUAUUCUUCUACAUCAAACACUUUUGAAUUUGUAAAAUUGUAUGUUGUACAUACCAUUCUAUUGUAAACAUGUAUACUUGCCCACAGUGUACUGUCAAACAUAGAUAAAGCAUGAUAAAGAUUAUUUAAAAUAUACCUGUAUUUAUACCUCAGAUAUUCUUCUUGGGUUUUUGUACCUCAAGUAUGUUUUCUAUUGUAAAUGUGCUUUACAUGACUAUGAUCUAAGUGAGAGAAAGGAAGAUGUUUAACUUGCUAUAGAUGUCUGUACAGAAUAUACUCAAUAUGUGCACUAUUAAAUGUUUAAAAAUGGAGAA